AUGGACUUCUUGUCAAUCCCGGAGAAUCUCUGGCCAGUUGGAUUUAUCCUACUAGCUGCAACUGGAAUAUAUGCUAUCAUUAAUCGGGCAUUUGGCAUAUAUAUCUUGGCUACAGUUACGCUGCGUGGUCGAAAACAUUCAACUGCCAGAACUCCACCGCGGUCUUUCUCUCCGGAGAAGAAAGCUGCAACAAGCCCAACUUCCCCAUCUAGCUAUGACAAUGUGAUCCCACCCCAACGCAGACACACACUCGCAGAUCUUAAUUGCCAUGCGGCACCCGGACGCGACGUGCACGAAGAUGAAGUGCGUCGGAGUAUUCUACCCAUGAGCGCCAACUAUACGACCAGCCCGGGCUACAAGUAUACACCAAUGGGAUUCUCAGUGGCAGAAGUCAAAGGGCUUGGAGACUUCCCAGACUAUGCGACUCUCAGUGGAGUUCCACUUCCCAGCCCAUAUCCCGAAUUCAAUAUCGAGAAGGCACUGCCUCGGCCAUACCGUCCAUUCCGGUGGGCGUAUCACCAGACCAUGUCCUUAAGCAAACUCGAAACAGACUGGUGGAUCGAACUCGAAAGUACAUACAAGAGCCGCAUCGCCCAACGCAAAGCGCUCUACGCCAAGAAUGGUAAGGAAGUCCUCGAUGCCAUGCCAGGCUCCGAGCUUGCAUGCAAGGAGUUAAUGGAGAUGGUCUUGCAAUUUAUCUGCGCCCGAUACCCGCAGUACUUCACACUGGUUGACAAGCGCGUACUGCAAAACAAGAUCCUCGGUACCGAGCAGGACGUCACAGCCAAGCCGCCUCUCGAAGUUCUUCUAGACAACGUCCCAGAAGACUUUGCAAUCAUGCUUCGCGACGACACGACGGGAUUUUAUUUCCUGCGUGCGGCGGUGAUCUGCUCAGCGCUGGGGUGGAAUGUCGCGUCGAAGGUUGGGAAGCAGCUGCAUGAGAUCCACGAGCCGAUUCCAGAUUAUAAGGAGAAAAUGCAGUUUUCCAUGGAUCGGUUUUUCACCAAGAUGCCUACCGAGAAACCAAUACAGCGAGGAUCAUGGGGCCUGGAAAUUGGACAGCCAUUGUACAUGCCACCCGGAGACCCUCACGAACUGCACCGGCUGUCUCAGCGGGCUGAUCUAAUUCUCGACGAGUGUCACCUGCGGGUGGACUGGCAGACUCUCAGGCGUCUCCCCUUGUCUGGUGCAGUCAUUUUCAAUUUCAAGGGCCUUUUUACUCCAGUCACGGAGUUCCGUGAUGAGCCUGGCGUACCGGAGUUGGUGAUGAAGGUUGUGACAGAGGGAAAGAAGAAUCUCAUGGAUUAUAAGAGUGUAUGGCAUGUGCAGCAUGUUGUACUUCCGAAGUUGAAGGAAUGGGCAGAGGAGCAGAAGAAGAAUGGGUUAGUUCCGAAAGAUUGGGAAGUAUCUACUUUGGAUGAUAGUCCAUGGUUCAAGGGUUGGCAAGAGAAGUGGCAUCGGCAGCAGGGAUUCUAG